CCUCCUCCGCACCUGCUUCACCGUCAAAGAGUCCCUAUUUCCCUGUUCUCUCUGUCUGCGCCUGCCCUGCGUUCGUCCUGCGCAUCCCUGAUAUCUCCUCCUCCUCCUCCUUUGCUCUGACGCUCGUUCGAGCGUCCGGCUGCAAUGCCUGCAACUGGCCCCUCCCACCCCGACCACGACCCCAUCCGCCCCGCCCGCGAUCUCAAACUGGACCCAGACGACUCCGCCCACGACUCGGACGCGCCUUCAAAAACGCACGAACACGCCCGUCCGCGGCAUUCUGCUCACUCGUCCUCUUCACAGUCGUCCGCUGACAGACGCAAACUUGUCAUCGCGUGCAUCGCAUGCCGGAAAAAGAAGGUCAAAUGCUCCGGCGACCGUCCCGCCUGCGCUAACUGUCUCCGUGGAGACCUUCCCUGCCAGUAUCCCGCCGUCAAAAACCGAGGAUCGCGGUUCGGCUACCAUGAAAUGCUCAAUAAGCGCCUCGAGAUGAUGGAACGUCACAUAAAACCCCCCGCUGUCGGCAAUCCCUCCUCGCCAUAUCACGUCUCAAACAAGCUCUCCACAAUGCCCAUCGCUCGUCCCGCUCCUCCCCCUCUACAACCCUCCACAAGUUUCCCCAACAACAGCUCUGGAAGCAACGACAACCCAGCGGGCUCUGGUUCUUCUCGAUUAAAACGCCACGCGGACGGCUCCUUUAAAAACGGUCUUAGCUACGGCUACAACGGGACCCCUAGCAGCGAAGAUGUUGACAAUGGCUAUACUGGCACGGCCGGAAACGUGACCGCAGAGUCCGACACCUCCAGCUCUCGCGAUCGGCCUCUGGCCUCCAAUCUGUCAAACGUACGGAUGCCAGAUAGUGAGAUAAUCGAGCACUUGACCGAACUGUACUUUCGAUACCUCAACAACCAGUCCUACGCUUUCCUUCACAAGCCCUCGUUCGUUCCCCGGCUGCAUUCCGGACAAGUCAAUCCUCUGCUCGUCUUGGCUGUUUGUGCUGUCUCAGCCAGGUUCUCGCGACAUCCUGAAAUCAUGACUCAGCCGAGGUACGCGGCCGGAGAGCCGUUCCUUCUCGAGGCAAGAAAGCUUCUUAGUCAAGAAUUUGAUGAGCCCACGAUCGAGACCACUCAGGCUUUGUUGAUCAUGGGAUUCAGCGAUUUCUGUGGAUUGAACGGUGGACGCGCAGCCAUCUACUCGGGACUGUCGAUGCGCAUGGCGGCGACUUUAGGUUUGAACAAGGAGUUUGAUGAUCCCGAGCUGAGUUGGGUAGAUCGCGAGAUCCGUCGAAAGACCUGGUGGAGCGUGCUGGUUUUUGACCGAUUAGCUCAUUCUGGGCCGAAGCGGUCGUUCUUGCUCAUGGAGGAAGAAUGCCAGAUCUCGCUCCCUUCCAGCGACCAUGCGUUCUUGAACAACAUCCCCGUCGUCACAGAGAUGCUUUCGGGUGAAUACCCUCCAAACGAUCCAGAUCUACCCCGCGUGCCGCUCGAACUACCUGGGUAUCAUAUCAAGUCGGUGAUCAUGUGGGGCCACAUUGCAUCGUACGUCAACAUGGGCCGAAAGAAGGAAAAUUUCCCGCCCUGGACCGAGUAUUCUGAAUUCCACAAGCUCGAGCGGGAGAUUGACCGGUUUUACUCAUCGCUACCGCCCCAUCUGGUAUAUUCGCGGGAUAACCUGAUUGCGCUAGACGCAACCCAGCAAGCGGGCACGUUCGUGCACAUGCACGUUGCGAUCCAGCAAUGUCUAUGCGCCCUGCAUCGAUGCGUGUACCCCUACGACCAUCUAAACUCCAAGUUCGAAGCCCCGCCAAUCUCGUUCAUCGAGCGCUCGGCAAACAAGCUCACGGCGGCCGCGUGCUCGAUCUCGGGUAUCCUCAACGACACUUUGCAGGUCGAGGACGUGCUGCCGGCUGCUUUUGUCGGGUUUGGCGCGUAUAACUCGGCCACCGUCCACAUCGUCAACGCGUUCUCGGCCGAUCCUGCAAUCUCACAGAUGGCGAAGAAGCAUUUGACCGUCAACCUCAAGUUUUUGGUUCUGAUGAGGGAGUACUGGUCGAUUGCGGGAAGUUGGUGCACGACACUCAAAGAGCGGUAUUUCCACAAACUGCAGUUGGAGAAAAACCCGAAUGUUUCAGAGCAAGGAAACAUCAUUUCCCGCCCUCCGUCGCCGACUGUUCGGUACGGCACUCUUGAUUUCAACGGCAAGGAGAGUAAUAGUCCUGGAGCGGCAAAGUCUGAUGGCGCAAACUCCUCCGGCGACGGCUCGAAUGGGCGACGCACGCUAUCGACGUCUGCGGCUACAAACAACAACGCAGUCGCUGCCGCGUUGGCGCAGCAUCAACACCAGCAGCUACAGCAACAGCAGGAAGUCGACGAGCGAAGGAAAUCGGAAGCACAACGCAGACAAGAGCAGCAGCAGCCCCAGCUAGUCGUUCCUACGCCGACACUAGCCACCGCGGCACAAUCGUCACCGUCAAACUCGAUGCUUCCGCCUCUUCCCCCCGGCACGUCAUAUUCCGAUACCUUAGUCCUGCCAUCGACGUUCCCGCCCGUGGACGACGAGGUUCCGAACCCGUACCUGUACGAUUUCGACGAGACCUGGCUCCGCGCGCUCGAGAACAACAAGGACCAGGUGGUCAUCGACGCCGACCGCGUCGGCGAAAACUCGUUCCUGGACUUUGGCUCGUCGACCUGGUUCACGGACCCGUCCGUCCCGGGAUUCACGGCCUCUUCCUCCUCCUCCACCGCCGCGCAGCAAUUCAAUAACUCCGACACGCAGCAGCCAGACGUGCUUUCGCAGCAGGUCCAGCAGCUGAUUUAUCAGCAGCAGCAGGCGCAGCAGGAACAGCAGGCGCAGCAGCUCGCGGACGGAAGCACGAGCGCGAACGGCGACUCGUUUUUUAAUGAGAUCUUUGGGGAUAUGACGUGGGAUCUUGGAAGUACGGUGAACGCGGGAGCAGCGAGGGCUACUGAUGCCAAAACUGCCGUCAAGAAGUAGUCUUUUAAUCAUUUGUUUCAAUCUGUUCUAGAAUCUAAGCUUCGGUAGCUACGAGCGUACUGGUCUUUACGCGUUUCUUUGUAUGUGUUUUUAACGGAGUUGGCACGUCACUUUUGUUGUUUAAAGGUGAUACAAGCAGUUGUAUCUCGGUUUACACUCUUUAAUUUUUAUUGUUGUUUACGGUUUUGGGGGACUCUGGAUGUACGAUUUGCUGGUAACGCCUUCGAUAAGCAUUGAGUAGUGUGGAUGUAAUGUAACC